AAUGGAACCCAUUAAGUGUGUGGACUCUUCAGUUGGCAGGAUUACCAACUUCUGAAAAGAUGAAGAAAUCAUCACAUCAUUUCAUUGGAGUAACAAAACCAGAAGACGGGUCAUUCGUUACACCUGUGGUGAAUGAUUUGAAUGACAUGUUUUAUGAAGGAAAAGUAAUGUAUGGUGCAGCUUACAAUAAAAAUGUUAUUGUAACAUCCCAAAUAGCAGUUGGGUUAAUGGACAACAGUAUGGCCUCAGAAUUUUGUCACCACAUGGGUGCUGCAGCUAAAGAAAACUGUAGAUUUUGCAGGUAUCGAAAUAACCACUUACUUAUUGGAGAAUUAAGAACAAAAAAUAAAACUGAGGAAAUUCUAAAAGAGAUUGAAAAUAGUACAGAAACAUCAACAAUGACUGGGAUAAAAAAGAAAAUAUUGGCUGAAGAAAUGAACAAAGCUGCUCAUUGGGAUCCACACAGGGACAUUCCUCCAGAUAUGCUUCAUUGCAUAUACUUAGGAGAAGUUGCAAUCCUAUUAAAAUGUAUGCUAGGCAACUGUACUGACCAGCAGAAGGUAAUUGUGACUUGA